AUGGCGUUUUGGUUGCCUCAAACUAUUCAGAAGAGGCUCUUGUUCCAUGUACUGCAGCAGGUGUCAGUUUUCUCCAACGUGGAUUUAUCAAACCUACAUGUGUCACUUGGUUCGAGUUCGCAGUUUUCGUUUGACGACUUAGAUCUAGCUGUUGAAGAACUUAACAUACCAGGAUUUGAUGUCAAGAGUGGCAAAGUUGGACAUUUAGAUUUAAAGUUGAACGUUUCUGGGGGCGUCGGCGUAAAUGGUAAGAGUUUAGAAUUUGUGGUGAAACCUAAACUCUCGAGAAAAGAAAGUGAAUCAGGUACUUUUUCCCUAGCUAAAAGUAUACAUGAUUUGACCAAUUCUAUAAUUCAAUUUGCAGAUACGAACCAACCUGGAACCAGUGGAAAUAAUAGUAACAAUAGUAAUGACACAGGAGAAGAUAUUAAUUCAGAAAUUUUAAACAGCCCGACUACGACGAGUAGUAGUAGUAGUGUGAGUAGUAAAGAAGAAAUUGAAGCCGCGCCAGCGGUGAGUACAUUGGAAAGUGUGAGAAAUCGGAUACUCAAUGUGGCAUUAUCAAAAUUGAUGAUUACCUUUGAAGACAUAAGUUUCAAAAUUUUAUUUGAAGACGAAGAGAUAAUAGACAUAAAAUUAGAAAAAGUAUUUUUGAAUACAGUGGAAAAUAAUGUAAGAAGGAUUAAAGUUCAUAAUUUAAGUGUGCAUAAGAGGAAGAAAGUUUCAGAUGUACCGAGUACGCGCAAUAUGGCACAUUCCCUUUAUCAUUCACAGGCGGAACCGGCAUCUCUUUAUAUGAGUGCUAUGGAAAGCCAAGAAAAGGAGGGCGGCGAUACUAGCGAUAACAGUGUUGGCUCAGGAAGUUCAGAUGAACAAUGGGAAAGUGGAAAAGAACUCUUAUUUGUCAAUUCUAUCGAUAUAUCCUUUGAAGGGUUGUCAUCGAUUGAUGAUUUGGGUCUUAAGGACUUACUUGUGAAUAUUGACACUGUGCGCAUCUCAGUGGAUGAUAUAUUAGAUUUAAACGAAAGCGUGUUAGAUUUAGUGGUAAAAACUAUUUUCAAGGGGCAAUCGGAGAAGACCCCACAACCAAGCACAUUAUCAGGGUAUAGGAGAUUUCAAAGGGAGCAGGAUAUUUUAGAAGGAAUUGCAUUUUUAGCCGUGAAGGCGAAUUUAAUCAGGAUAGAUUUUGCUCAAGAUUUUAGUCUCUGCUUUAAAACUGUAAAUUUAGACAGUUUGGGUAACAAGGAAUAUGUCAUCACUAUUGAUUCUUUCGAGUUUAAAGGUGGAGGAUUAAGCUCUAAUCACACUACCGCUCCUAUAAUCCGUGGUGUAAUCAAGCCUAAUGAAUCACGUUUCUCAUUAUUGCAUGAUAUCAACGUUUCGUUGACCAUUCCAGCUCUGUCUGAGCUUUUUGCAUUUUCACAACGCAUUUGUGAUUUUGUAUCACUGUUAGAAAAUAAAAUUGUCAAAAAAGGUUUGGCGAGGCCUAAAUCUCCAGCUCAAGAGCAACGUAUUUUAACCGGCACUCGAUUCAUAACUAUUGCAUUACAUAUGGAUGGUUACGAAUUACUUUUGAAAAUAGAAAAUGUGGGUUCGAAUACAGCAUCAGAUGUUUUCAAGACUAAUUCUAUAAAAAUUUUAAGGAAAAAAGAAGAUCAUUACGAUUUGUUGUUAAAUCUUCUAGGUGUUUCAAUUGCUGUAUCCAAAUCUCGAAUGCAAUUAAAUUUUUUUGAUGAAAAUUUGGAGGAAUCCUUAUUAACAAGUAAGACUUUUUGUGGAAUUAAAGAGGUCAUUGUAGAGGAUGAGUUUUCAAGGUUGAAAGAUUUGAUUGAAGAUUUAAAACAAUUGGCUCCUUCUUUUCAUAUUCAGGAUCAAACGAAGAACAAAGAAAGGAAAAAUUCUUAUUUGAAAAGGAGCGUUCGGAUACUGCAUUCUUCUAAUAUUAUUUAUAAGAAUACAGCUGCUGCAUCUUUUGCAUUGAUCAUAGAUUCGAUAAAUUUUAAGGUGAAGAAUUUUUUAAAGCCGCACUUUGGUAUACUGGAUGGAAGAUUUUCCAAUAUUGCCCUGGCUGCUACAGAGGAAGGAAAUCUAGUUGCUUUCUCGAAACAAAUUUCUUUGGAAAGGCUGUUUGCCAAAGAGUCUCAAGUUAUUUUGAAGCCCAUAACACAAAUGAAAAGCGAUAAGCCUAUAUUUUAUUUUCAGCGUAAGAGUAGUGGAAGACUAAGAGUUACUUUGCGCAAUGUGGAACUUUAUUAUUAUGCGAAGUGGUUAGAUUUUCUCAAAGAUCCAAAAGGAGCUGGGAGUGAAGGAAUGGGGGAUCACAAAGACUCUACUCAUUCUUCACAUUCUUGGGAACUCAAGUUGGUGGAUUCUUCGAUUUUUUUAAUUCCUUAUAGGCUGAGCGCAGCGUUAGUAGUGGUUAUUGACCGUUUUACCAUGAGCGGGAAGGCACCAGUAUUCCAAUCCAAGGGUUUGCUAAACAGCGGCACUUUGUUGUUGAUCGACGAUUUUUCCACUGUUAAGCGGCAAGAAAAUAAAGAAAGACCAUCUUUAGUCUCCUAUUAUGCUCACCAGGGGUUCUCGGCGAUUGGGAAACUCGAAACAACAUCAUUAAACGUUCAAUUGUACAAAGGUGUCAUAUCAUUGGGAAUUAAACUGCAUAGUUUAGCGUUAUCGCUAUGUGCGGAUUCUGCACAUACCAUGGUGCAGCUAUGCAUUGACUUGAAACUCCCCCUUACUUUUCCAGAUGAGAAAAAAUACAACUAUAAUAAUGAGGAUCUGGUGGAUGUUUUCAAAGAUGUAGAUCUAGAAUUUUUCAAUUCCUCUCAUAUCAAGCACGAAAAUGAUCAUGAUGUUGGAGGUAGAGACAAUUUGAUAGUGAUAGAAAAUAGCUUUAUUGACGGAGAGCAUGCGCACGAUGUUGAGAAUGAUGCAGAUCCAAUUGAAUCUAUCGAUGAAGCGGCAAAUGAUUCUUCAUCAGAUUUCACCAAUCAAACUAUUACUUUGCAGGAGGGUUACUUAGACAGCGCCCGAGAAGAGGAGUCACUAGAUCUUGAAGAUGACAAAAACGAGGCUGACAUACAACUUGAUUUGGAGGUAGGUAAGAUUACAUUGAAAUUAUUUGAUGGUUAUGAUUGGAAAUAUACCAGAAAGUCCAUAUCUCUCACGAUUGACCAAGUAGAUCGUGAGAUUAAAGCAGUAGGGAAUGGGCAUCAGGGAGAAGGUCGUGUAGAAUCAGCUGUAUUUGAUUCCAUUUACGUCUCAGCAAAUACCGCCGAUCAUGUCAACUUAAGGAAAAGAGUAAGUGAAGAGGUUCAAGGUGAGCAAAAGGCCUCUGCUUUUUCUAAGAAGGCCAAUCUGCAUCCUUCACGGUUUUAUAAAGCCCUAGUAUUAUUGGAAAAAUUAAAAUUAUCCUUUAUUGGUUACAGAGUGGAUAAUCCUUCCAAGGAAGAAUCGGACUGGUCGACGGAUUUGUUGAACAAAUGUGAUGUAUCAGUCCAGAAAUUCGAAGUUGUUGACAAUGUACCCACCUCUACAUGGAAUAAGUUUUUGACAUUAUCGCGGCAUGAGCAGUGGCCUCGUGAUAGACCAAUCUUCAGUGCGCAACUGUCGACUGUACGUCCAAUUGAUUUUUUGAUGGCCACAGAAUUAAUUGUAAAUUUGGAGAUUGCGCCCCUGAGGUUACAUGUGGACCAGGAUGCUCUCGACUUCCUGGUUAAAUUUGGAGAAUUUAAGGAUAGAAGGUUUGAAUUGAUAGAUGAGUAUCCAGAUACAAUUUUCUUUCAAAAAUUCAAUACCAACUCUGUGAGAUUGAAGUUGGAUUAUAAACCCAAGAAAGUGGAUUAUGCUGGGUUACGUUCGGGUCAUACUAGCGAACUAAUGAAUUUUUUCAUUUUAGAAGGUGCCAAAUUAACCCUCAAAGGUGUCGUACUUUAUGGUGUUAAUGGGGGACCCGAAUUGAUGACAAAUCUAAAAGCUGUAUGGGCUCCCGAUAUUGCAUCUAAACAACUUCCAGGUGUUUUGGAAGGUUUUGCGCCUGUUAAGUCGAUUGCAGCAUUAGGAUCAGGUGUGAAAGCUCUGGUUACGGUACCACUUUCAGAAUACAGGCAAGAUCGUAGGUUCGGUAAGAGUCUUAAGAAUGGUUGCAACGUCUUUCUGAAGACUACUACGGGAGAUUUCGUCAAAAUUGGCGUGAAACUAGCGUCUGGUACGCAGACUAUAUUGGAAAAUACAGAGGAAAUAUUUGGAGGUUCUGGAGCUGAUGGUAGAAUUCCCCGUACAGACGAUCAAGUGGUAGACAUGGAAACUUUAUUGCAGGAAGAUCAGUUAGUCGGCGGUAGUAACCCCAAGAUUAGAGGACAGAAUCCCGCUGCAUUAGUAAUAGACCCAUCCAAGAAUGAUGGUGGACAACCUAAGAUCGUCAGUCUUUACGCUGAUCAGCCACUAGAUCUGCACAAGGGUCUCGAGGAAGCUUACCUUUCUCUAGAGAAGCACAUACACCUUGUCUACGACGUUGUUUGGAAGACCAAAGGAGAAAUUAAAGACACACAAGCUGGAACAGCAGCCGCUGCGGUCACUGUUGCCAAAGUGGCUCCAGUGGCUAUUAUACGUCCAUUGAUAGGUGCUACUGAGGCCGUUGUAAGAACCUUGCAGGGUAUUUCGAACCAAUUCGACAAGGACCAAAUUAACAACCUCAAUGACAAGUACAAAUCACACAGCUCAGAUGAAUGA